AUGACUCAUCCGCCUUCCACCUAUCCAAUUAAGGGGAUACUAUACUUUUUCUCAAAUUGGGUUUUAGUUCGAAGAAUAAUAUGGAUACUAUUUCUGACCGUGCUUUUUGUCUUGGUCAUAGUCGGUUUGACCUUUGGGUUUUUACUUACGUUGCAAGCUCAUGGUUUAAUAAAAGCUGGUUGUCCUGUGUGGUUGGCAUGGGUCGUUGCGUCCAUAUUCUGUCUGAUCGAAUCUGUCAUUUUUACCAUUAUCUUUUAUCUUAUUGCCACACCGUUCUGGCAGGACGCAUUAUUUGACGAUGUUUUAAAAUUAAGAGGGCUUGGCUAUGUCCUUAAACAACAAAGAAACAUAUCAGAAACGACACUCUGUUUUCGUGGAAUUGGAACAGGAAUGUUGCUGGCAUUAUUUCAGGUGUAUGUUUUGAUAAUAACGCAGGUCAUAACACUCAUUGUUACCAUGCCAUUACAUGCUUUACCGGUUGUGGGGACAUUCAUUUACUGUUAUCUAAAUGCAUGGGUGAUGACAUGGGGUCAUCAGUUGCACUACCAUUUGGAAAUAAAGGAGUUGAAUGUAAACCAAUCACGAAAGUUAGCUUGGAAAAACCGAGAUGAUUAUAUUUUGUUCGGAAUGGUGGCAGUGGCACUUGAACUGAUACCAAUAGCAAACUUCUUAUUCUUUUGGACAAAUGUAGUUGGCGCCGCAUUAUGGACUGCCGACGUUCUCAUCGAAGAACGUAGAGAUGAAUUAAACAGAUCUAUUGGGUUUACAGCACCAUUUUUGGAAGAAGCAGUUGUGAUACCAUAUCAAGCUAUGCCAAAUGUAGAUAAUUAUUCCAACAAUAAUUACGGCGCAACCCUCUAG